UGUUACACAACAAUUAUUCCUCCUAGCAGGAUCUGCUAUGUCAACAACUAGGGUUCCUGCUCUCCCGGUGAAGAAUCUGAAUGGAACUGGUCCAGUCCAUCCUGCUUUGGCAGGAAUGACCGGCAUCUUGAUGUGUGCAGCAGGUUUGCCUGUCUGUCUAACGCGAGCUCCAAAGCCCAUCUUGCACCCUCCACCUGUCAACAAGAGCGACAUGAAGGCAGUGCCGGGCAUUACUGGCAUUUGCCGUAAAACCAAGAAGAAACAUUUGAAGAAGAGCAGAAACCCCGAGGACGUGGUACGACGUUACAUCCAGAAAGUGAAGAACCCUCCUGACGAGGACUGUACCAUCUGCAUGGAGAGAUUGGUGUCCUCCUCGGGUUACGAGGGUAUCCUUAGGCACAAGAGUGCCAAGCCGGAACUGGUAGGAAAACUGGGGAAAUGCGGGCACAUGUACCACCUCCUUUGUCUCGUUGCCAUGUACAACAACGGCAAUAAGGAUGGCAGUCUCCAAUGCCCCACUUGCAAGGCCAUCUAUGGGGAGAAGACGGGAACUCAGCCUCCUGGAAAGAUGGAAUUCCACAUUAUCCCCCACUCUCUUCCCGGAUAUCCGGAUUGCAAAGCUAUCCGCAUUGUGUAUAACAUUCCUGCGGGGAUCCAGGGCAUCGAGCAUCCAAAUCCUGGGAAAAAGUUCACCGCACGAGGAUUCCCCCGUCACUGUUACCUUCCAGACAAUGAGAAAGGCAGAAAGAUUUUGAAGCUCCUCAUUGUGGCCUGGGAACGCCGGCUCAUCUUCACCAUCGGGACCUCGAACACGACGGGUGAAUCGGACACUGUGGUGUGGAAUGAGAUCCACCACAAGACCGAAUUUGGCUCCAACCUCACUGGCCAUGGCUACCCUGACCCAAACUAUCUGGACAAUGUCCUGGCUGAACUGAUGGCCCAGGGGGUCUUGGAAGCCAACCUGAAGGACUGAGAAGAUGGGGGGGGUUUUUGGCCUCCCUCCACCCAAUGUUCCUCCUGCCUCCACGUCGUCAUGCGCAGCUCAAGCACUGCCUGUCCUCUCCUCCAUCUGUCCGUCCGUGUCCGUGUUCGCUUGGUGAGGCAAGCCGUGUUUGGGAUGGUUCUUUCCACCUUCCCAAGUCGCUUUGACUAGCUUGACUUCCACCCAAGGAGGAUACAGGGGGCUUUCCUCCACCCCUGGCAGGAUUCACAAGAUGAUCCCGGGGUUUCCUCCCCAGAGAAACAAUCAGAAGCUUUGUAGAGUUGAGCGACCCAUGCAAGCUUUCUGCUCUGCACUUCUUUUUUCUACAUGUGUGUAUAAUUCUUCGCCAUUCCCAGGGGCUCGAAGCUCGCUGCUCCGAACCGCCCAUCUCACAACUCAAAUCUUACAGCCAGGUUGUCCUGCCUCCUUCUGCCUCUCUUCGUCGCUUGUUCUCGGGUGCCUUUGUGGCUCUGCCCAGAGAAGCAGUAAAAAAAGAAGAUCCAACUUGGUCAUCCAAGGAAGGCAGGCAUUGUGACUUCACAGCGGGCAGAGUGUAGUUAACCAGCUUUGUCCUCUGCCUUCCAUGCAAAAUUUUAAAUGGCCCCAUCCUCCCCACACCCAUCACUUUGGCUGUGUUCCACCACCACCCCAGCCUCAUUUCACGGAUCAAAUGCAAAGUUUGCCCUCUAGUUCAGAGGUUCCCCCAAAUCCCGGUCCAUGGACCCAACACCGGUCCGUGGCAUGCCAGAAACCGGACCAUGCAAACAAGCAAAGCCCCAUCCGCAGGAUGUAGGCAGCAUGCAAAACCACACCGGUCCAUGGAGAAACCACUCUUCAUGGAACCGGUCCUUGGUGCCCCCAAAGGUUG